AAGACCGCUGAUGAGCAUGUACCCGCGCUAGGGUCCGAGGGAGGUAUUUGGGAAGCUUUGGGGAGAUACCGAACAGCGUUAGAUGAGUACCGAAGAUGCCGACUUGCACUGAACAUGGUCGGUCCCCACCCAAUCAACUGUAACCCUCCAAAGGACAUUUGGCAGCACUUGGGUCAGUUUGCCCACACUUCACGUACUUACCAUGACCACACAGGAGUGUUACGAUAG